AUGCUUGAAGCCGCGGCCAUCGCCUUGCUAUGGAGCAUGGUACUAAGCCUUGUUCUGGUUGCUAAUGCAGGAGCGCUACCUCGUGUUCUUUUAAACGGGGAUCAAAAGUUAAACACAAGUUUCACUAUCACCCAAGCGAAAAGUCCAAAUUGGACGCCGCAAAGAGUUCCCAUAACUGCCAUCUAUGCUGCUCCCUUUAUUAAACAUAAGAUGCGGAUGCCAAAAAAGCUUCGAGACGCUGUCGCCGAGCUAGACUCAAAUGAGACCUCCGGAAUCCAUCAUAGGGCGAAUGGGCAGACUGCGGAUGGCACUAACGGGUUAUAUACCUUCCCGGUAAAGAUAGGCACCCCACCACAGACCCUCCGCAUUCUGUUCGACACCGGCUCAGGAGAUUUCUGGGUGUGGUCAUGGCUGAUGCCGGGAACACUAACUGCUGGACGCAACAUAUACAACGGCAGCAAUUCAACAUCAUCUGGACGGUGGGACGGCCAGUCUUUCAAUAUAAAUUACCAGCAAGGCAAUGCUUACGGCCUAGUAUGGCAGGACACGGUAGUUUUAGAAGGCGACGGUGGGCAGUUAGGUGUAGCAGGGAAUCCGAUAGAAUGUGCGCAGAAUAUCGGCGGUACCCAUCUCCCUGCGCUCACAGGGAUAGAUGGAAUGCUAGGUUUAAAUAUGUGGGUGAACGACUCUGAGUCCCCAAACCCGCAACAAACGUGGUUCAACUUCAUCCUACCCAAACUAUCAGCGCCCCUUUUUACUGCCAACUUCGUUCGAAACGGAGUAGGAACCAUAGAUUUUGGUUUCAUCAAUCCGACGAAAUACACGGGCAGCAUUGCGUAUACCCCAGUUGUACCUCUGAAUGGCUGGCCACAAUCAGGCUACUGGCUCUUCAAUUGGAGCGGGUUUGCUAUUGGAACGCGCAAUUUCAACUCCACGGAGCUCCAGGUCCUUACAGACUCAGGGUGCAAUAUUGUUCUGCUACCACAAUCGAUCAGUCAUAACUAUUACUCUCGAGUGCAAGGUGCCUUCCAGCAAUCAAAUGGGUUUUGGGCCUUUCCAUGUGCAGCAACUCUCCCAAGUUUCACCUUCGGCGUCGGCAGCACCCGAAUAGUUAUGGGAGCAAAGCACAUGAUAUAUAUAGCGCUCGAUGAUGGAAUCAAUUGUUUAGGAGCGAUCCAAGAUACUGCCGAGAAUUCGUAUGCCAUCAUUGGGUCGCCUUGGUUUGAGGGAUUGUUUGUUGUGCACGACUACGGCGGAAACCGAAUAGGUUUUGCUGCUAGGCCGUGA